UUGCGUGACACCAAUACUGUAGACUAAUUUAUUAAGAAGAUUUUUAAGCAAAGAAAGCGCAGGUGUAGAGUACAAAGUUGGAAGAAUGGCAGCAUUACCACAAUUGGACGAAGAUAAAAUGAAGCUGGUGCAGGAUUUAGAAAUAGAAAUGAUGUCAGAUAUGUAUAAUCGUAUGACAUCUGCAUGCCACAGGAAGUGUAUAGCACCAAAAUAUACUGAGGCUGAACUAGGCAAAGGAGAAUCAAUAUGUCUAGACCGUUGCAUCGCUAAAUAUUUAGAUGUUCACGAACGUAUUGGCAAGAAACUCACACAAAUUUCAAUGCAAGAAGCAAAAAUUGCAGAACAACCAAAGACAAGUUAA